AUGCAGAAGAUUUUGAAUGAAAAGAAAAAAGCCUUUAGGGCUUUAGACUACUUUGAAUUUCUCAACGAGGAUCAGCUUUCGCAUGCGUGUAAAAUAUGCUCCCUGAGGCAAUUUAAUCCUUUGGAUACAAUUUAUAGCCGGGACGAAGGAACACUCACAAAUGUGCAUUUUGUUUUAAGCGGUGAAUGUGUAAUACUCCAGUGUCUACAUAUUAGGGUGGUUCAAAAAAAUGGAAAAACAGUUCACGAACUAGUAGACACAUCGGAAAAUGAGUUUCUUCAUACUAAAAGUGAUUUGAGUACAAAUAAGAAAACCGUCAAAUCUUCAGAGUCAGAGGAUGUGAUCAGCAAAAACGAAAGUGAAGCGUCGGACAACUACGAAAGCCAUUUUAUAGAUGUUGGUUCCAUAACAUUUGGCGGAAUUUUUGGAUUAGGCGAACACAUUCAACAUCGUGUGAUAAUGGCUCGAAAUACGGUGCAGUGCUUAUUACUUCCCAGAUUCUUCUUAAUGGACAAGGAACAAAAUCCUGGAAAUAUAUGGCAACGGAGAUCAGUCUAUUUAGACGUUAUUAUUCCAUCGAGAGAAGCUUUAUUCGAUGAUUUUCUGAGGAAUCUCAAAUGGAAAAAAUUUAAGAACGAUUUUGUAAAGAAUAAUGUGUUAUCUAAUUCAACGGAUAUUGCUAGACAUGAUGAUAUACCUAUCUUAUGUCGCAUCGAAGAAAAUAGAUAA